CAAAAUGAAUGUGCUCCUCGCCACUGCCUGCACCAGUAUGUGCCGCAUCAAGCACGGCCCCGCCCCAUCCGCCCACUGCUCGCCGCGCAAGCACAUCGCGAUCCACCACCUGCACAUGCGAAAAGCGGGGGGCACAUCCGUCCGGGAAAACAUACGCGCAGCCUGCGAUGGAAACGGUCAAUUCGACAGCUUCAAGGAGACCGAGUGGGGUGCCUACAACUGGACCCAGUCCGCAGCGCACGUGGCCCGCCGCACACGGUCCGCCGGCUCUGCCGCCCAGUCGCCGCCGCCGCCCGACAGCGCUCUCAUCACGUCUCUGCGGCCGCCCCUCGACCGGCUGCUCUCCUCGUACCUCUUCGAAGGAGGCGUGCCAGAGCAGUGCUGGGCGUACGCGCACGAGUACGAGGGCGACAUUGACCUCACCGGCGAUGCGCCGUCGCCCCACUGGAGCGCAAUGAACUGGACCUUUAUCCAGCGCUGCUUUGCCAAUCACGCUCACCUGGAGCCGUUCGACGCCUUCAUGGCGCGGCACCACCCCCACACGUAUGGCGCAUUCGAGGAACUCGGAUACCGCAAGUACUACGGGCCCAACUACUAUCUGCGAAAGGUGCUGGCUGGUGCAAAGGGCAACAACCCGUGCGGCGACAUCGACGCCGCGCCACAGAACUGGACCUGCAUGGUUGAGUUUGCGACGCGGCUGAUGCUCGAGUCGUUCGAGGUGAUCGUCCUCCACCACAGUGGCGGCCCGCUGGUCCUGCGAAACGCGCGCCGCCACGGCGCCGUGCCCUGCUGCCUCGAUGGCGUGGACUGGACGAACCUGACGAAGUUCAGCGCCGAGGGCAACAUCCACCGCGCCGGAUGGAUCGACAAGCGGCUCUCCAGCAUCUCCAAGCUGAUGGAGGGCCAGAUCCCUUUGGUCUACCCGGCGCUGUGGCGGGAGCUGACGCUCGCCCACGCGCCCGACCAAGCGCUGUACGACGCGCUAGUGGCGCACGCGAGCCAAGCGGCGAGCUGUGACUGA